AUGGCCCUCGGGACAGCAUCACCAUUAGAUAGCCUCCUGCACCGCCCAGAGCAGGAAAGCCUCUGGAACCGUCUUCUCAACUCCCCCCUCACCACCAUCGCAACACUCCUCUACAACCAUUUCGCUCAGAAACCAGUCUCCAACCAUUAUGAGCCCCCCAUACGGCUGGUCUGCAUCUCCGACACACACAACACAACCCCCGCCCUCCCAGACGGUGACCUCCUCAUCCACGCCGGCGACCUGACGCAAUCUGGCACCCGGGCCGAACUCGACGCCCAGAUCGCCUGGCUCGACGAGCAGCCUCAUCGCUACAAGCUCGUGAUUGCCGGCAACCACGAGCUCUGCCUCGACCCGUCCCAGCCAGCCUACGACCCCACGGCCCUGGACUGGAAAUCGCUCAUCUACCUCCACGCGUCCUCCAUGCAGCUCAGCUUCGGGUCCCGCCGCGUGAACGUCUUCGGCGCGCCCUACACCCCCCGCCACGGGAACUGGGCCUUCCAGUACCCGCGGAGCGACGACUUUUGGAAUACCGUGGAGAUGGAGAUUCCAGACCACGACGGGGCCAUGGACAUGGACAUGGAUGUGAACGUGCUGAUCACGCAUGGGCCGCCACGCGGCCAUCUGGAUCUCGGGCGCGGCUGUGCGUCUCUCCGCGCGUGCCUGUGGCGGCUGCCUCCCCUGCGGCGACCGGCUGUGCAUGUCUUUGGGCAUGUUCACGGGGGGUAUGGCGUGGAGAGGGCGCGGUGGGACGGGCUGCAGCGGGCGUAUGAGGGCGUGGUGGAUGGGAGGGCGAAGUGGGUGAAUUUCGUGCUGGUGGGAUGGUAUGCGGUGAGGCGGAUGUUGGGGUUGGGGGGUAUAGGUUCAGGUUCAGGAAGGGAGACGGUGAUGGUGAAUGGGGCUGCGGUUGGGGGUGUGCGGGAUGAGAAGAGACGGGGUGCGAUAUGUGUUGAUAUUUGA